AUGCGGUUGAAGAUCCGACACCUUAUAAACGGAUCAGUAGCGGCCAGCAACCGGUUCACUUCGCAAUCUGGCAGUGAUAUGGCCACCAAUAAAUUGAUGUACUUAUCGUUUCUGCUCCCUAUGCUGAUGGGUCUACUCAGGUCUAGUCAGUCUUGCGAACCUAUCCCAGCCGAGAAUCAAUUCCGAGGUCGGCGUGACCUGGGUGGACUGCGGUGGGAAAUGCGGGGUCUGGGCGCACUUGUUCACACGCGUUGGUACAAUGGUGUUGAGGUGGAGUUCUGUAAAGAUGCGUGUAAAUCACAACCGAAUUGCUUUGGAUUCAACUGGUGG